AAUUCAUAGUUUACAAAAAAACCGAAUGUGCAAAAUUUCUACAAACAGCUGCUUUAAGAAUUAAACUUCUUAAAGUUGUUCGUAUAAAUUUUAUUUGUUAGUAAUAAAUUAAAAAAAUAUGACGGAAAAAAGUUUAGAGGUGCCAGAGAAACUGAAACUUGGUCCGCGAGAUGGAGUUGAAUAUCCUUUAAUUGUGAAUUACUGUGGAAACUGCACAAUGCCAAUUGAGUAUUGUGAAUAUUAUCCUGAGCAUGAUAAGUGUAAGGCGUGGUUGGAAAAGAAUUUGCCAACAGAAUUUGAACGUGUGAAAUUGCAAGAGGAAUCGGCUGCAGCUGACGGUACUGACGACGACAAAAAGCGUCAAAAACGUGGCGGCAAAGCUUUGAUGAAAAUUAAGAAAAAGGAAGAAGUACUGAAGAAAAUAACAGUUUCGCGUGCACCCAGAGGUAAAAAGAAGUCCGUUACUGUUGUCACCGGUUUAAGCACAUUUGAUAUCGAUUUGAAAGUGGCUGCUAAAUUUUUUGGAACGAAGUUUGCUUGUGGCUCAUCAGUUACUGGUGAAGAUGAAAUUGUAAUACAAGGAGAUGUAAAAGAUGAUUUAUUUGAUGUCAUACCUAAAAAAUGGCCAGAAAUUGAUGAAGACUUCAUUGAUGAUUUAGGCGACCAAAAACGUUAGUUAAAAAAAAUGGAAUGGUGCUAAUUGUAUUAAGUAAAUCAACUUUUAUUUAACUUAUAAAUAUAGCAUUUUUAUAACAAAAC